UGAGAGAGAAAGAGAGGAGAGAAGGGGCAGGGGAGCACGGACGACAGGCAGAAAGAGUGAAUGAGAGAGGGAGGAAGAGUGAGAGAGAAAGAGAGGAGAGAAGGGGCAGGGGAGCACGGACGACAGGCAGAAAGAGUGAAUGAGAGAGGGAGGAAGAGUGAGAGAGAAAGAGAGGAGAGCAGCUUUAAGAAGUUCCACCCGCUGAGUUGAAGUGGGAGACAGAAAGGCACACAAGGAAAGGAGUGGAAGAGGGCAGGCGACGUAUAGCCUGGAGAAAUCACAACGCACUCCCACACAACGGCCCCCCCUCUUCAGAACGCACUCCCACACCACAACGGCCCCCCCUCUUUGGGCCAGGGUGGGGCAGCCAACGAGAGACAUGUACCUCUCGGCCAGUGAGGACUCUGACGGGGGCUCAGCAGACUCAUACACCAGCCGUCCAUCUGACUCGGACGUGUCUGUAGAAGAUGAUAAAGAAGCCGAGAGACAAGCGCAGACGCAGCUAGACAAUGCUAAGACUAAGCCAGUGGCAUUUGCAGUGCGCACCAAUGUCAGCUUCUCUCCUGUUCCGGAGGACGAGGUCCCUGUGCCAGGAAUGGCUGUUGCAUUUGAAGCCAAAGACUUUCUCCAUGUCAAAGAGAAGUUUAACAACAACUGGUGGAUUGGGCGUCUGGUGAAGGAGAGCAGUGAGGUGGGAUUCAUCCCGAGUCCAGUCAAGCUGGAGACCAGCCGCCUCCAGCAGGAACACCGGGCCAAGCACAGCAAGUUCAGCAGGGCGAUGGCAAACUCUUCCUCCAGCUUAGGGGACAUCAUACCAAGCUCCAGAAAAUCCACCCCUCCCUCCUCUGCCCUGGACAUUGACAUCACAGAGUUAGAAUUUGAGGAGAUUGAUGCUCCCCAACGUUCCCCGAAGACCAAUCCAAACUCAGCCCCGCCCCCUUUAGCCAAAGAGAAACGAAUACCCUUCUUUAAGAAGUCAGAGCACAUUCCUCCUUACGAUGUUGUUCCUUCCAUGAGGCCAGUGGUGCUGGUGGGGCCAUCACUCAAAGGUUACGAGGUUACUGAUAUGAUGCAGAAAGCACUUUUUGAUUUUUUAAAACACAGAUUUGAAGGACGGAUCUCAAUCACUCGUGUGACUGCAGAUAUUUCUCUUGCAAAGCGCUCUGUUCUAAACAACCCCACCAAACAUGCCAUCAUAGAGCGCUCAAAUGCACGCUCCAACCUGGCGGAGGUACAGAGCGAGAUUGAGCGCAUCUUUGAGCUGGCCAGGACGCUGCAGUUGGUGGUGCUGGACGCGGAUACGAUCAACCACCCGACUCAGCUCAGCAAAACCUCACUGGCACCCAUCCUAGUUUACGUCAAAAUAUCUUCUCCAAAGGUUCUUCAGAGACUGAUUAAAUCCAGAGGGAAGUCCCAAGCCAAACAUCUCAAUGUGCAGAUGGUCGCCGCUGACAAACUUGCUCAAUGCCCCACGGAGAUGUUUGACAUCAUUCUGGAUGAGAAUCAGCUGGAGGAUGCGUGUGAGCACAUGGCCGACUAUCUUGAAGCUUAUUGGAAGUCCACGCACCCAUCCAAUGAGGCUACCACCAAUCAACUGUCUGAAAUGCAGGACUCCACCAUUGACCUUCCGGUGGUUGGAAGAGAGGGCAACAGCACGGGUCCAGAGGAGCGUAAGGAUCACCAUCAGCACCAUCAUCGUCAUCGGCAACAACAGGAGCAACAAAAGCAGCAUCAGGAAGAGCAGCCACGGAGCUCUCGCAGCACACACACACACCACCACUCAUCUUCUGCACGGACCAAACACCACAACUACCACCACCACCAUCGCAGCAGAGCACGGGGCCAAGGGCGUCUAUCUCGGCAGGACACUCUGGAGAGUCAGGACUCACAAACACACUCCAUCACACACACACACACACGGCCUGGGCCUCCCGAGGAAGGGCAGCAUCAGACGAGUCGCCAUGACCACCAUCACCAUCAUCACCAUGGAAAUGAGGGGGAGCCACAUGAGCACAACUCACGCCCCUCACAGAUCAGGCCACGCCCAUGAGGAGGGUCUUCAGAGAGCCUCGGAGCACUGAACACACUCUUCUGACGUCAUGGGCACUCCAUUAACUCUUUACACACACUUCCUCAGAGUGACCAUCCCUCUCCUAACACACUGACCGGUCAUUGUGAUCUCGCCCGUCUCGCUGUCACAGAUGCCUAGUGACCCUACCCCUCACUUUUCACACUUUACAACCCCAACUCUCAAUUUGGUCAUUCUGAUUACAACCCCAACUCUCAAUUUGUUAAUU